AGCCUGAGCGUUUCGUUCUGCUCUACACAGUAGGGGAUAUAUUGCCCACCACUAGCUGACAUCAGUCCAGUGAGCGAGCUGUCCUCACGUUCACCAGUGUGGAGGUCCGAAAAGGGGGACGAGGAGACCGUAGCCCACGUCCUGUGAGUGAGCGAGGCUUUGGCGAGAGGAACAAAGGGCCUUUGAGGCCGGCCUGCUGUGAAAUCCAUGCCGGCCUUUAUGCAGGGCUGUGAAUGAAUGUUGAUGAGGUGAGUGUCCGACAGAGGGUCCAUUCAGAGGGGCAGUCGGUGCUGCGAGGGCGUCAGGGAGCUUUGCUUUAGAGAUAAAAGCAUCAAUCACAGUGUGCCACUCCCGUUAUAUGUAGGAUACCAUGAGGAGCUUCUCCUGGACGAGUUUUGGAUGAACUAACCGUACAGAAAUGGUAUGAGUGACCAUGGCUCCGGGGGACAUGGUGCCGGAGCACGGGAAGCAGCACGCCGCGCCUAGGAACAAGUGUGCGUCGCGGCCGUCGGAGGGGGAGUGCGAGGCGGACGGCUCGUUCGUGUUCGAGGCUCAGGAGGCCUGGAAGGACUUUCACAACUCGCUCAGACAGUUCUACGAGAACGGAGAGCUCUGCGACGUCACACUCAAGGUGGGAAAUAAACUGAUUCCCUGCCACAAGCUGGUGCUGGCCUGCGUCAUCCCGUACUUCCGUGCCAUGUUCCUCUCGGACAUGGCCGAGGCCAAACAGGACCUGAUUGAGAUCCGCGACUUCGACGGCGAUGCCAUUCAGGACCUGGUGCGCUUCGCGUACUCCUCGCGGCUGACGCUGACGGUGGACAACGUGCAGCCGCUGCUGUACGCCGCCUGCAUCCUGCAGGUGGAGCUCGUGGCCCGCGCCUGCUGUGAGUACAUGAAGGCCCACUUCCACCCGUCCAACUGCCUGGCCGUGCGCACCUUCGCAGAGAGCCACAACAGGGUGGACCUGAUGGACAUGGCCGACCGCUACGCCUGCGAGCACUUCCGCGAGGUGGUGGACUGCGAGGACUUCCCCUGCGUGUCUCCGCAGCACCUGAAGACGCUGCUCAGCUCCAGCGACCUGAACAUACACUCUGAGACGCAGGUGUACAACGCUGCCGUCAAGUGGCUGAAGGCCAACCCCCAGCACCACGAGGUCUGGCUCGACCAGAUCAUGUCUCAGGUGCGUCUCCCCCUGCUCCCCGUGGACUUCCUCACCGGCACCGUGGCCAAGGAGGAGAUGAUCAAAGCCAAUCUGAACUGCAGAGACCUGCUGGACGAGGCCAGGAACUACCACCUACACCUCAGCAACAAGAGCGUGCCUGACUUUGAGUACUCGGUCCGCACCACGCCACGCAAACACACCGCAGGUGUGCUGUUCUGCGUCGGGGGCCGUGGCGGUUCUGGAGAUCCAUUCCGCAGUAUUGAGUGCUACUCCAUCAGUAAGAACAGCUGGUUCUUCGGCCCGGAGAUGAACAGCAGACGUAGACACGUGGGAGUCAUCUCAGUAGGAGGGAAGGUGUACGCAGUGGGUGGCCAUGAUGGCAGUGAACACCUGGGCAACAUGGAGAUGUUUGACCCCCUCACCAACAAGUGGAUGAUGAAAGCCUCCAUGAACACCAAACGGAGGGGGAUCGCGCUGGCCGCUUUAGGGGGUCCUAUCUACGCUAUCGGGGGUCUGGAUGAUAACUCAUGUUUCAGCGAUGUGGAGCGAUAUGAUAUAGAGUCAGACCGCUGGAGCGCCGUGGCCUCCAUGAACACUCCCAGAGGGGGAGUCGGCUCUGUGGCUCUGGGGAGCUACGUCUACGCUGUGGGAGGAAACGAUGGCGUAGCGUCUCUCUCCAGCGUGGAGCGCUUCGACCCGCACCUCAACAAAUGGACUGACGUUCGAGAGAUGGGACAGAGACGCGCCGGAAAUGGGGUCAGUGAGCUCAACGGCUGCCUCUACGUCGUGGGUGGAUUUGACGAUAACUCUCCUCUGAGCUCGGUGGAGCGGUUCGAUCCCAGGAUGCACCGGUGGGAGUACGUUGCUGAACUCACUACACCCAGGGGCGGAGUUGGUGUUGCCACGGUGAUGGGGCGGGUCUUUGCAGUGGGCGGCCACAACGGGAACAUCUACCUGAACACAGUGGAGGCGUUCGACCCGCGCAUGAACAGGUGGGAGUUGGUGGGGUCCGUGUCUCACUGCAGGGCGGGUGCAGGAGUUGCCGUCUGCGCCACCCACAUCAGUCAGAUCCGAGACGUUGGUCAAGGGUCCAGCAACGUGGUGGACUGCAUGUAACAGCGCGGGCAGAAGACCCCACAGCCCCCGUCUGAGCCUUCAUAGACAAUCCAUACAGAACAGAAUACAUGACACAGAACAGAACACAGAACACAACUGCAGCCUCUUCUGAAGAUUCCUGAGCUGAUCUGACGUCUUUUGGUCGUAUCACUGUAUUAAAUAUCAGUAUCUAUUCUCUCCAUCGUCUCAUACUCGUAGUGCUGAGGCUCGGACUUCAGAGGACAUGUUUUAUGAAUGAAGCUUGUGCUGAACACAGUCUGUGUUUAAUCCGCUCUCAGUUCCAUGAUGAGUUCUGUAGCGGUUCUAAAGGGAGAUCCUCAGCUGUGGUGGAGAAUGAGCUUGUACACGUGACUCUGUGCCUCUUUAAAACUAAGCGCAGUGCUGGGAGCAGCUGUUAGACCCUUUUCACACGUACAGAUUUCCAUUUCGAUCACUUUCUAUGUUUCAAGCUUGAUCAAAACGAAUGGCCAGUAUCAGAAAACCAAGUUCGAAAUGGAAGAGUUUGAUGUCGUAUAUAAACACUGUUAAAGUCCAUAUAAUAAGCAGAAAUUAAGCAGCUCAAACAGCCCAUUUUGAAAUGAUUGUGUUUUUUGAUGUCACAAAACCCAACCCCUUUACAUUUAUUCACCUAUUCAGCCUACAACAAUUUAGCCCCACCCCUUCAUUUUGAGGUGUGAGAAUUUUAGCCCCGGUUGCUUUUUGAUUGACACAACACUCCAAAAAAUGGUGUCUUGGCAAGUGAAAUUAUCUUCCAUCUAGUUGAUAAAUCUAGUAUUUCUCAUAUUGAGAUUGUUGAAAGCUUAUUAUAGGAAUAUUAUUAUAAGUAACUUAAUUCUAGACUUUUUAAAGUCAUUUUAUUCAGUCAAAUGAUCUCACUAUAUUGGCAGAUCAUUUUGCUUGUUCUAAGAAAUAUGCUUGACACACAAGUUUGUAUGCCAAGAUCUUAUAAUGACCUUUUAUCAGUCUCCAAAUCUGAAAUAUUAGAUAUGUCUAAUAGAUUUAAGAUAAUUUAGAGGCACAAUAACAAAAACAGCCUGUUUAGUUCAGAGGUGAAGAGUUUGGUCAUAAAAAUGACCAUAUAAACUCUGACCAGGUCAGAUGUGAACCGUGAUGUCGGUUUGAUGAGCAGAAGGCGUUUGUGAGGGACAAAUGUCCUUCAGAUCUAAAACUAGAGCUAACUCGUUACGCAGUGAAGGAGGACUCUUCUACGUGCUCUUGUGUGGUACUGGUUGUGCUCAGACUGGAUUUAUUACCUGCUUUAGAUAUUGGUGGAUGUGGUAAGCUGGAAUUGUGAAAAGGGCCUAUUGAGAUAAUCAGUUCUGACAGUAUGCAGUGUGGUUCCCCCAGCAACUGAAAUAGAUAAACAUCAGCUAGUUUUUCCAGCUGCUCAGUAGCCCUCACCAUCUCAAAUACCCAUAACUGAGCGAAGCCAAGUAAAGAUGCCUCUUUUAGCCAGAUGACAACAUGGACACGGCCAUUUUCACAUCUACAGAGUUGCUCAGAAUCUGGAGUUUGCUAGCACCAGAAGUACUGCUGGUAGAACGCACAAAAUCGAGUCUGAGCUGUUUUACGACUUUUUCUUUGGAGACAAGAAUUGUGCCAUGGGCUCACCAAGUCCCCUGCUCAUGCAUGGACAAUCAAUCAGGAUUUUUAGAGAAAGAGCUAGGGUGGUGGAGGUCUUGAAGUGCAAUAGAACGUCUGUAGAACCAGCCUGAACGUUGGCUGUGGUCAUUAGAAUGUACCACAAAAAAGAAACCAGCGUUUUGGAGAUGGACACUCCCACACAGGUCCAGCGUCAGCUCAGCGUUUCGGACACUGAGGGUGAUGCACUCUGGCCUGUGGAGACGACCACUGGUAUUAAAAACUCUGAAAGUCUGCGGCUGAUGUGGGUUCCGUGUGAAGAACAUGUUCCCAUCAAGCCCUGGGAUCUGCUAAAGCUCUCUUCUAGACUCAACUGAUCUAGACUCGGCUUUACUGGAGUUCAGAUCUCUGAGAAUCUUUCACUUCUGGACUUCUGGGAGUCGUGAUAACGUCUUGAGAGCUUUAAAGUUCCAGUCCUGGAACGCUGAGAGCUGUGAACAUUCAGUUCUAGAAUUCUCAGACCUUGAAAUCUUUUCAGAUUACCAGAGCUAUGAAGUUCCAGGAAUUCUGAAAGUUGAGAUUCUAGCUCUAGAAUUGUAACAGCUAUGAAAUUUCAGAUCUGGAAUUCUGAGAUCUUCUUGAGAUAUUUUCAAAUUCUACUUCUAGAAUUGUGAGAGCUAUGGAGUUCCAGUUCUGGAAUUGCAAGAGCUAUGAGGUUCUACUUCUGGAAUUCUGAAAGUUUAUAGGCUCUAGCUCUAGAACUGUGAGAGCUAUGAAGUUUCAGGUCUAGAAUCUGAGACCUUCUUGAAAUAUUUUCGUAUACUAGUUGUAUUGUGGAAGCUGUGACGUUCUAGUUCUGGAGUUCUGAAAGUUGUGAGAUCCUAGCUGUAUAAUUUUAAGAGCUACGGAGUUUCAGAUCUAGAAUCCUGAGACCCUCUUAUGACUUGAAACAACUGCAAAGUUCUCAUUUUAGAUUUCUGAAAGGUUCUAGACAUCUGAGGUCUGUGAAUUUAAGGUUCUUGAAUUGGGAGCUUCUGGAAGCUCCAUGAAGAGGUUUGUAUGUCAGGCCUGAUUUUACUAUGAAGUUUGAUCAUCGUAUGUUUAUUUUAUUCGUGCACUAUUUUCUGAGACGGUUUGAGUAAAUUUCUCUCUUUCUUUGAAACAGAAACAGAAUGUUUGCGUAUUCGUGCUGUUCUGCAGAUGUUUUUGAUGGCUUUUCUGCUUAUUAGUAAUUUUCUCUGAUAACGUGUGAGUUUUAUUAUCUCAUAUCUCAGCUGCCUGUUAGACUUUCUGCAGUGUUGUUGUGAAAAGCCUUCAGACGGUCUUUCCAAUGGGACGAUCUGAUUAUUCAUAUUUAUAUAUUGAUAUAUUUUGUCAGUUUACUCAGUAAAGUACUUUUUUUUCAGAUAGUAAUUUAUGUGUUGAUAUUGUUGAGCUGUGCAGUGACAUUGUUGACGUGGCACUGACUGAUUUGACGUUGUUGUAAAUGAGCAGUGAUGAUGUGAUUAAUCAGUGAACACAUCACAUCUGUAAUAUAGCGAGUGACUCUGGUGGAGUGAGUGGACGGUAUGUUUUGCAUAUUUAUAUAGAUUUUAAUGACUGAAUGCACUGCUCAGACUAGAGAAUCAUAUCCAGAUGAGGUUAUUUAUUGAAGCGCCGUUAAAGCGGUGCAUGCUCUGCUUGUGCAAUGCUGACUUUCGGUAGCAAAACGUUUUGUAUCAGGUGUAAAGAUGAUGAGAUCGACUCCCGCUGCAGUUCUGUACGUCCCUCAGCCUUUCAUCAUUUUCUCUCCAGAUAAUCAGAGGUGAACGUAUUUUUUGGACUGAAUUGCUGAACUGAGUGCAGACAUGCAUCUAUUUUGAAUCACAGUGUGUUAUUUUUGCCUUUUUUGGAGGAUUCACAGGUCCUUCUACAGCGGACUCUGAGUUUGUGAUUGCUCCAGAACGUUUUUUUCCAGUCAGAGUAACUCGUACUGUAGCUGUACUGUAUCUUAUCUUGACUCUUUGCAUUGAUCAGUCUGUUUGUACUGUCCAAAUAAAGUUAUAAAGAAUACAUUUAUAAAA